AUGCGGGCUGAAACUUUUGAAAUGACAAUAGCAUCUGCGCGGGGCAUUCUACAUUUGUAUAAUAAUGUUAUCCUGUGCUUUCACCUUUACCCUCGACCACAAUGCCACACGAGAGCAGUGGGUGGUGGUUCGGCCGGUGCAGUAGUGGCCAGUCGUCUUUCUGAGGACCCCGAAGUCAGCGUCCUCUUGCUCGAAGCUGGCCGGCUGCCCAACAUCUUCCUCGAUGUGCCACUGUUGGCAGCCGAGAUACAACAGACCAAGUUCGACUGGGCCUACGUCACCGUGCCACAGGAGGCCGCCUGUUUUGGACUGAAGAAUAGGCAAAGCCGGUGGCCACGGGGCAAAGUUCUGGGCGGCUCCAGUGUUCUCAACUACAUGCUCUACAUCCGGGGUAACCGGCGUGACUACGACCGCUGGGAGCAAGAGCUAGACUGCGAAGGCUGGGGUUGGAAAUCCGUGCUGCCAUACUUCAUCAAGUCCGAGGACAACCGGGAUCCCGGAAUCGCGCACAAUGGCUACCACGGCCGAGGUGGCUACCUCACAGUGUCAACUCCUCCUUACGUGUCUCCACUAGCGCACGCCUUCGUUGAAGCCGGGGAGACCUUGGGAUACCCAAACAUCGACCUUAAUGGACCCACACAGACAGGCUUUGCCAUUCCUCAGAGCACCCUUAGACGAGGCGCCCGCUGCAGCACUGCCAAAGCCUUCUUGGAGCCAGGCAGGGGACGGCCUAACCUGCACAUACUAGUCCGCGCUCAAGUAACCAAGGUCUUGUUCGACGAAAACCGAAGAGCCCGUUCGGUGCUGUUCCGGUACAGGAGACUACAGCGUGCCGUCAGAGCCAGGCAAGAGAUCAUACUUUCUGCAGGGUCCAUCGGCAGCGCACAGCUCCUAAUGCUCUCUGGUGUCGGCCCACGCCUUCAUCUGGAAUCACUUGGUAUUCCGGUAAUAAGUGACAUUCCCGUUGGGGAAAACCUGCAAGAUCACAUAGGCGGCGCUGGCAUCAGCUUCAUGAUCAAUGACUCUGUGUCUGUUGUCAGAAAAAGAUUCAACCCGAAGACGGCCUUCGAUUACUUCAUUAAAGGACAAGGUCCACUGACUGUGCCUGGGGGCGUGGAGGGUAUAGGUUUUAUUCGCACCAAGUACAACGCCCAGCACACGGAUUGGCCUGACGUCGAAGUGCACUUCGUAUCGAGCACUCCGGCAGCCGACGGAGGUAGCACUAUUCGCCGAGUCAUGGGCAUGACAGACGAGCUGUUUGACCGAGUCUACCGGCCGUACCUGAACAUGGAUGGCUUCACCAUGUACCCAGUGCUGCUGCGGCCUAAGUCACGAGGCUGGAUCCGGCUCCGAUCCACCAAUCCGGACGACUACCCGCUCAUUAAUCCCAGAUACCUGACACACAUUGAAGACGUCCUCGUUCUAGUCGAAGGCAUGAAGCAGCUGAUAGCGCUGGCCUACUCGGAGCCGUUUCGAAAGUACGAUGCUCGCAUCUUCGAGCUGGACUUCCCUGGCUGCGAACUGUACGCACAGUACUCAGACGAGCACCUGGCGUGCAUUGCCCGUACGUACACGGCAACCAUCUACCACCCGAGCGGGACGUGCCGCAUGGGGCGCCCGGAGCUACCCACAACGGUUGUUGACCCGCAGCUCAGAGUCAAAGGUGUUCAGGGCCUGCGCGUCGUGGAUGCGUCCAUUUUUCCGGAGAUUCCAUCGGGCAACACCAACGCCCCCGUCAUCAUGGUAGCCGAAAAAGCGUCCGACAUGAUACGACGGUCCCGACGGGCUGCUUGGGGCACUAACUAUUUCAAUUGGUGGCACUGGGCACGUAAAAGAUGAUGGCCCGAAAUGGUUCGAUGUACAAACGCAGGAAGAGACUCAAUCGUCUGUAACCAUCCGCCAGUCAACCUUUUUCGUUCGUUUAUUGUUUGGACCUUGUGCCGAACCUAAUAGUUUGUUCAGAAUGGCCAGAUCUCUCUCUUCCAGGAGGAAUGUUUCAAGGAC